CUCUGCCCACCAUGGCUCGAGCAGCCAACAUGUCACUCCUCUUCAUUUUUCUUCACUGCCUUAACUUCAUCUCCCUUGGUUUAGCAAGACCUGUUAAGCCCGCUCAUCCCCUUCAUGUAGCAAGGGAAAUAGGACCCGGGGGUGAGCUAAGGGAGGCCUUCAGAUGGAGGUCGAUCAGGAACAAGCUUAACCUCACCUACCGAGACAACACUGUGAAAUUUGGAGAGAUCGGAGCUAGCUUCACCCUUAGCGACAAGGAGGUCAAGCUGGCCCCUGGCGGGACAUACCCUCGUCUCACCAGGCUCGCGGAUGGCGGCAUCCUCGCGGUCUCGUCUUACACCAAGAAUGGCCUCCGCACUCUGAGGGUCACCCGGAGCGACGACAACGGCGCGACCUUCAACGAGAUCGGCACCAUCGCUCAGGGCCCCGGAGACCUCGACAACGGAUUCCUCCUCCAGCUCCCGUCCGGCACCAUCCUCGCCGCGUUCCGCAACCACGACAAGAACGCCGACGGCGCCCUGACCUACUUCCGCAUCACCGUCUGCAAGAGCGUCGACGGCGGCCGCACAUGGGCGUUCCUCGCCCAAGCCGCGCAGAACCCCGCCGACGCGACCGGCUUCAACGGGCUGUGGGAGCCCUUCCUCCGCAUCGGGAAGGACGGCGGCAUCCAGCUGACGUACUCCGGCGAGCUGGGCCGGAACAACCAGGAGACCUUCCGCACGAUCUCGCACGACGGCGGCGCCACGUGGUCGCAGCCGCAGAACCUGAACCUGCACGGGUCGGCCGACGGCUUCCGCGACGGCAUGCAAGGGAUCGUGGCGGUGAAGGACAAUGGCAAGGACGCGCUGGUCAUGGUGUUCGAGGUGAAGGAGGGCGCCAACUUCCACGUCGCGACCGUGCUCUCGUACGACGACGGCAACACGUGGGGCAGCCGCAGCACCAUCUACCGGCCGCAGGGGCACAACGCGGGGGCGCCGCAGAUCGUGGCCGUCAAGAACAACCUCGCCGUGGCGUUCAUGACGGACGAGGACAUCCCCGCCGACCAGCUGGACUGGGCCAACAAGGCCGACAUCAAGAUGAUCUUCUCCGCGCCCCUCAGCGGCGGCCAGCUCAAGUGGACCACCCAGUCCUUCCGCCUCUCCGAGGAGAGCUCCUACUGGCCCGGUACGUUCAUGCGGGGAGACGGCAAUGUCAUGGCUGUCUACGAGCGCGGUGGUGUUCCUUACGGACGAACUAUCACCGAGGCGUAAACUUAGGUGCGGAACUGCAUUCACUUCACGUCCAUCGUAUGAGGCCUAUUUGGCUAUAUCGAAAUUCAUAUUUAACUCGGUCAAAUAUGAAAAAAAAAAAAAAAAAAGGGGGGGGGGGGGGAGGAUUUGUGCAAGUCGAAUCAAGCUAAGCCCAAAUCAAAUCAGGUCUCAACACGCUGUAUAGCUUGCAGGAUUCCGUGAUUUUCAUCAUUUUUUUCAUCGUUUUGUUUUAUCUUUUCUC